GAGAUUCAGAUCCUAGUCUCGUCCGGACGGGGCACAUCAUCACUCUGCUCUCUACUUCUGCCACAGACAUUGGAUUUUGACUUUUUUUUAUUUAUUUAUUUUUUAUUCUGAGCUUCAAAUAGGACAACAUGCUUUUAACCCCCCCAUAACUCUUGGACAAAUAGCAUUGUGUACUUUUGGAGGAUUUCUUUUUUUCUAUUUUUUAUUUUUUUUAAUGGUAUCACUUACUGUCAGACCAUGUAAUAAGUGUAGGCUAGUUCAGAUGCACUGGCCAUUGGUGGUGUGAUCAAACUGUUUUAUUUAUUUAUUUUUAUUGCUGGAUACAUAUCUGUAUAUACAUGAGUCAUUUGUCAGAGAUGCUGGUGUCCAGGGAUAAUUGCGCUCUCAUGAUGCGGGAUCGGAAGGAAUGCGAUGCGCGCUCCCGAGAGAAGGCGGCGGCGGACGCUGAUCUGGAGCGGGUUCAAACCCGGGAGCGUCUGGACGCGACUGUCGCGGGUCUGGCUGAACUGGAGUAUCUGAGACAGAGACAAGAACUGCUGGUCAGGAGUGUGUUAAACUAUCAGGACACUGCAGGAUCGGACAGACCCUGCGUUAUAGUGGAGGACAGUUAUCUGAACAGCGAGGAAAAACUUUUGGAGGAGAAUAUUUUAUUACUGAGAAAACAACUGAACUGCCUUAGAAGACAUGAUGCUGGUUUGAUUAGCCAGCUUCAGGAAUUAGACAGACAGAUCUGUGACCUGCGGUUGGACACGGAGACCUCGCAUGAACACGUGGAAACGGACAGUCGGCCAAGCUCAGGCUUUUACGAGCUAAGUGAUGGUGCUUCAGGCUCCCUCUCCAAUUCCUCUAACUCCGUAUUCAGUGAAUGUUUGUCCAGUUGUCGUUCCACCACCUGCCUGUGCACCCCCCUCGACACCUCACUCUGUGUAUCUGAGGGAAGACUAAAGUCUGCAGACGAGCUGGGCAUUUGUGCCGAGUGUGAUUGCCAGUGUGAAGAAUCAAGUUCCGAAACAGUCCGCAGGACUCUUUCUGCAUCCUACUCCCUUUCCCCAGAUGGCUCCUGCGAUGGCUUGUCCAAGUUCCACUGUGAGCUCGUCGCCAAAAAUGGUAGUGAUGUUUACCGGUACCCUAGCCCUCUCCAUGCGGUUGCUGUCAAGAGCCCCGUCUUCUUCCAAUCUGUGACCGGUCGCCUAAAGGAUGAUUGUAGCUUUUCCAAGCCUGGUGAAGCAUCGAGUGAUGAGCAGAAACCUGAGCAGUCCAUGGGUUCUCAGAAUUCAUCCUGGCAUGCCUCUCAAACUCCCCCAAACAAAAGACUGGAUGGUUAUAUCUUUGGGCUACUUCAGAGGAGGGCACAGCCCUUGAGGACCAACAAACCCAGAACAAGCAUCAACACCGACCCCUCUAAGAGCAUUUUAAGGCAGACUAGUCUUUGUUCACGUGCCUCUGCUGCUGUCCAGGCCCAGAAAUGGACCUCUGAACUCAAGUCAAACUGGCAGACAUGUUUACAAGAUGCAUUGGCAAAUAGCACAGAGCCAAGAACAGCUUCACCCCAAAGACAGUUGUCUGCUGAGUCCAAGGUAGGGGCCCUACAAAAUGGAGCAUCUUGUGGUCCAAAUCAACCACAGAAUGGUUACUCAACCACCGAUGAUAACGGUAUGAAUUACCUCUUGAAGAAGAAAGGUUCUAGAGCCAGGAAAGGCCAGCCAUUAAGUGUUAUAUCUAAGGACUGCCAGGAUUUAGGCUGCCCAGAUGCAGUUUCCUCCCCCAAGCUCAACAAGCAUUCUUAUUACAUUGUGGAGGACAGUAAAUCAGGCCAGACAAUCAAAGCAGGCCCUCUUAAGUGGAGUCCCAGUGCUCAGACCCCAGCAGGCUGUGGUAAAGAAGCAGAGCGAGUUGCUCCAGAAUCGCUCAGCCUGGGUUCUUCCUCACAAAGCCAAGAUGAAAGAGGACAACUGGUCAGUGUCCAGUACAUCUCUGCUCAGAAACAGCAUGUAAAUCUCCGGAAAGGUAGCACCAAGAAUAUCAAGAUUGUAAAAGUUAAAAAUACCACCAAUGCCAAAGGUAGAUCUCAUGUUUUCGAGCAUGUUCCUGAGUCUGGCCGUGAAACGCAUCGGACAGGUUCUAGGAGGUCUCAACAAGUGGAUGAUGUCUAUCACUUGCACAAAUCCUCCAAGAAGGCUGUGUCAAAAGCCAAGAGAAUCCCUGCCUCCAUCCCUGAAGGACGAAUCCUUGAGAAGCACACCAGCUCAACAGGUCGAUCAUCUGCUCAGAGACAUCACGGACAUCACCGGCAUCACGAGGCAGUUCUGGCCAAACCCAAGUACAAACGCAAUGACUACCACCGGCGGCACAGGGGUCUCCAUGAGAUCCCAUACGAGGAGGCUUUCAGGAGAGCUCACCGCAGGCAGAAAAGAGAAAUGCUGGGCCACGUUUCAGCCAUGUACCUUCCUUCAAACGCACACUACACCAGUCCCUAUGCCUACGUCGGUAGCGACUCUGAAUACUCAGCGGAGUGCACCUCCCUCUUUCAUUCUACCAUUUUGGACACAAGCGAGGAUGAAUGCAGUAACUAUACCACCAACUGUUUUGGGGACAGCGAAUCGAGCGCUAGCGAGGCAGAAUAUGCGGCUGAGAGCAGCACUAGCAGUGACUCUGAAGGCAGUGCAGUGGUCAAUUGGCCCCAGUUUAAUCAGACAGGUGCUGGAUCCCAAGGAAUGACAUCAGCACAGGCAAAAGCUUUUGUCAAAAUCAAGGCUUCUCAAAACUUGAAGAAGAAGAUCCUGCGUUUCCGAUCAGGCUCGUUAAAACUCAUGACCACAGUGUGAGAGACUUGUUAGGAUAGAGCCAAUAAAAUUGGCUGUCCUUUAUACAAUCAAGUGCCUAGACAGAAUUCAGCUGCACGGCCUAAAACUCCCUGUCACACACUCUCGGUCAGAGAUAUACUACUUUGCCUGCACUUUCACACAUAAGCAAAUGCUUUGAAUCCUGAUAAAACAUCUAACUACCCCCUUGUUGUCAUUGUCGGUAGCCUUUUUUUACUUGUUUUGUAUUUAUUUUAAAUUUAGCUUUUGCUGCAGUGCAUCUACAGUAUAUUGCAAGUACUGUGUAAUGGAAUUCAUACAUGGUUAACUUUUCUAAAUGAGAUAUUUAUAAUUUAAUAUAUUUGGACUGUCAUACAUGGAAAAAGAAUAGGAUGUAUGACUCAGCUGAAGCAGUUUAUUGCAGAUGCAGUUUGUUUGAGAAAUGUUCCAUGUUUCCAGGGCAAAGUCACCUGCUGAUCAUCAAGGGCUUUUGUUAUGCACAUUUAAUAUGCAUGAGCAACAGCUUCACCAUUUUCCUUAUUAGCUGUAAACUACACCUUUUGUAAAACGAAUGUUAAUGUAUGUUGAUUUCUUGUGUAUUUUUAUUCUUAAUUAAAUUUGUUGUUAAAAUCAUAUGUUUAUUUUAUGAUACUAGGUGGUUUUCUUGAAUUUUGACAUACUUUUGAGCAUAAGAAACCAUGUCAUAUAAACUAAACAUAACUAGAAACGCACUCUUGUUUAUUUUAUAUGGCCUGAAAUUAAAAUCCACUGAUGUCAAGAGCAUGUUUCAGCCCCACCCCCGCCAGAACUGAUAGUAGAUAAAAUGUGGCACCUAAUUUUAGUCUCUGCAAUGCGUUUUGCAAACAAACACUUAUAGUUCUUCUUACAUGCCAUCUGUGUAACAUCUUUCAAGGACAGCAAGCACACUGCUGUCAUAGUCAAUAGCGCAGUUAGUCUCCUUCGAUGCUGAAGAACACAUGGCAAUCAGAUGUCGCUUUUAGAUUGAUUUGAAUACAUCUUUGAAUUAGAGAUCUCUAUUACUAGUAUGACCUAGAAAAAUAAGCAGAACAAAUACAAAAAAGGGACAGAUAUCUAUAGCUGUUUAAUGUCUUAAAAUGUUAUUUAGUGUCAAAAAUGGUAAAUGACUUUAGGGUAGCUAUGUGUGUUUCCCAAACUUUCAAUAAAAAAAAUAAAAAUAAAAUAAAAAAAAAAGAAUGUGUAUAGCCUGAAAUGUUUCUCAUGAUCUUAAAAAUCCUUUGAUCUGGAGGCGUAUGCUUAAAUGUUUGAAAUUCGUUUUGUAGACAAAAAUAUAAUUGUGCCACCAUAUUAAUUUAUUUAAUAACAAAACUAAAAUUGUAUUUAAAAAAAAAGUUUUUGAAAUUGAUGACUUGGACCAAAUAAUAAAGAAAAGCAGCCAAUAAGUGCCCAGCAUAUAGAUGGGAACUCCUUCAAUACUGUUUAAAAAGUAUCCCAGGGUGAUACCUCAAGAAGUUGGUUGAGAAAAUGUCAAGAGUACAUGUCUGCAAAUUCUAGGCAAAGGGUGGCCACUUUGAAGAUGCUAAAAUAUAACACAGUUUUGAUUUAUUUUGGAUUUUUUUUUUAGUCACAACAUAAUUCCCAUAUUUCCAUUUAUGUUAUUCAAUGGUUUUGAUGACUUUACUAUUAU